AUGGCAGUUUCUUCCCCAGAAUGUACCACCAAUGCUAUUAACGACGCAAACAACCAGAAUUAUGACCAUCAUGACCACCAAGAGGCCUCCCUCUCAUUUCCUCCCGUAAACCUCCAGAAACUAACUCACCUAACUGACUACAUCGAAAACCUCCAAACCUACACCAACCCACUCCAACGCAACCCCUUCAACUUUCGGGGCAACUUGGCCUACCUCCGUGCGGGCCCACGCAAGCGUAUCUUCUUCGAGCCAUCUCACGUGCGUGCCGCCAUUGUCACGUGCGGUGGUCUCUGCCCUGGUCUCGGCACAGUGAUCAGAGAGCUCGUGGUGGGGCUCUGGGAGCUCUAUGGGGUUCGUGAGAUCCUUGGUAUCAAAGCUGGGUAUUGUGGCUUUCACUCCUUCGAACCGGUGCUUCUCAAUCCCAAGUUGGUUCAUAACUGGCACAAGAGGGGAGGGACGGUGCUCGAGACCUCUAGGGGCGGUUUCGAUGUUGAUAAGAUCAUCAAUGCCAUCCAAGAUCGUGGCUGCAAUCAGGUUUACAUCAUUGGUGGAGAUGGCACAAUGCGUGGGGCAGUGAAGAUAUUUAAAGAGAUUCGGUGCCGUAAAUUGAAUGUUGCAGUUAAUGGCGUAGGCCUGGUGAAGCUUAUGGGGCGUAGCACAGGGCACAUUGCCUUGCAUGCAACUUUAAGUAGCCGUGAUGUGGAUUGCUGUUUAAUUCCUGAAAACGAGUUUUACUUGGAAGGAAAAGGAGGGCUGUUUGAAUUCCUUGGAGAUCGACUGGAACAGAAUGGCCAUGCUGUUUUAGUAGUUGCUGAGGGUGCUGGACAAGAUGUUAUACCAGGAACUGAAGCUCAGAAACAUGACAGGGAUGAAUCUGGUAAUCAAGUGUUCUUAGAUGUUGGCGGGUGGUUGAAGUCUGAGCUUAAGCAGUGGUGGGAUCGGGAUCACCCGAAUGAGUUGUUUAUGGUGAAAUACGUAGACCCGACGUACAUGAUACGUGCUGUCCCUGCUAAUGCAACUGACAACUUAUAUUGUACUCUCCUUGCGCACUCGGCAAUUCAUGGUGUAAUGGCAGGUUACACUGGAUUCGUCCCUGGUCCUAUUAAUGGCAACUAUGUUUAUAUUCCAGUAGAAGAGGUGGCACAGGCCAAAAAUGUAGUUGACACAAAAGACCAUAAGUGGGCAUGGGUUAGAUCUGUUACCAAUCAACCUGAUUUUGUGAGGAACUAAAAUCUUUGGACUUCUGAUGUUCCUGAG